UCAACCGGUUCUUAUCCGAUACCGAUAAGCUAGCCAUUCAUGUCCCAGCCUCACGCUGUCAUGGUGAUCGUCGGUAACAGACGUCAAUCGGAUACUUUACAAUCGUUAAAAUCUCGAUAGAGUUCCGUGUUCCGUGCGUUGCUAACUUUAUCACAGAUGUAAAUCCAUUGCAUUUCUGGACGCAUAGUUUUAAAUAUUUGACUUAGGAUUAUAGGGAUAUAAGUUAAAUCAGGCUCCAAUUCCAGAAGAAUAGAUCAAUUGCAGAGACUUGUCCCGAUCACUUUCAUCAAUCUAGAUUUGGCCAUCUAAUCUAGAACCCAUCAAGGUAGACAUGCGGUACGCGGCAAUAACCAAUAUGGUGAAUGGUCCGUAUCUCGGAGAAAUAUUGCAGUAAGGAGUACGCUAUCGCAGUCACGGUGGAAUAUCGGAACACAUCACAGCUAGGUAGCAAUCUGGCAGUCAUUGAUGAUUCAUUGAGCUUUCAGAAUUGAGUAUGUAGUAAAGGGGUCUGCAGCCAUGCUGCCAUAUGGCCAAACCCUUGUAAUGUCAGAAUGAUAUCGCACAUGAGGAACAACAUAUAUGUAGGAAUAAGCUAAGCUACGUUAGCAAUCUGAGAGCUAAUGAGGAAUAUCUGACAAGUAGUUUGUUGACAUGCUCCCGGCAAAAACAGCGUGGAGUUUGUAAUUGCUGCAUAAUAUCACAGUUAAGAGGAGCCAUUGAGAAACAACUGCGUUAAGGUAACAAGCUGACAGUUCAGGAAUGUAUAUUAAGGAGUCUCUUGGCAAUUUGAAACCCAUUUUAGGAGCACUUUCUGAAGAUGCUGCCUGCAACAGCAACCAAUAGUUUGCUUCGAAUAAUAUCGACAUGGAUGAAGCUUGCACAGUAAGGAGUAGCCAUGUAGGAUUAAACCAAGUUCAAAAACCAGGAAGCAACUGAGGAACACUUGAUGAGGAUCAGGAAUGCUUCCCCCAGAAUACACCGAUGCUCCUUGGAUUCAUCAUAUUCAGUCGGAUAUUAAGUGAAGUCAAAAGGAUAACCUUCUCAAGAAUUCCAAACACAGAAAAAGAAGCAGAAAAGGAUAAAUUAACUUGAAAAUGUUCAUGGUGAAUAAUUCAGUGGAUUUCAAACCUUCAAAGAAAUAAUCAAUUUCACUGUUAAUCUUUCUUUACACAGAAACCUUCUUGAAUACAUUUCGCUUCAUUUGUGUGCUUUCAGUCUGUAAGAUAUGACUAUAAAAACCCCGCGGCAACGAAAGGGCCGUCUUAUCGAUCGAUACAGAUUCAAACACGGUGUGCUCCACGAGGAUAGAAUGAGAAAAUUCCUCCCGGUGUAUGGAUUUCUUCUAGAGAAAUUCGGUUGGUGAAUGUUUUCUCAGGAUAAUUCAAAAGGAGUUCAUUAUUAGAGUGUGAUGCCUAUGAUGGCAAGAAAUUGGAAACCGUUACCAAUAUGGAUUUUCAGAGUGCUUCGAAUUCUUUUGUGAUGUGAUAUUAGAGAUUGGUUCACCAUCUUUAACUAUGUAUCGAUACAAAAUGGACUAAGCGUACCGUGAGCUGUGGAGUACUAAAGAUAAUCGAUCAACGUUUUAGGCUAUUUUGCCUUGCGUAACGACUGCAUAUUGGUGCUGAUGACUAGAUCGUCUUCUCCAUGGACCUAGCACUGGUCCUAAAGAUAAAAGUGGAAAGAGGAUGCUAAUGCAACAAUGAGGAACCAAGCGAUGCAAACCUCGGAUAGCCUGGAUGACCCGUCCUGGCAUUUGCAUCAGUUUGAAAAAGAAUCAGGAAAUGAAUUCAAUUAGGCUACUACAGACGUCUUUAGAUGAGUUUCGCAUGCUUCAACCGUUGUCAUGAAUUCCCCCUUCAGAUGCCUAUAAAUAAACUAAUUGUCAUGAUGGUUGCCUUGGCAACCUGACGACAACCCAGCUGGCGAUCAUGUGACGGGUCACAUGACAUCAGCAUGAAGAAACGUAAAUUUUAUGUACCAUUUUCCAUGAUCGUAAUAGGUCUAUGUCAUGUAAUGUCUCUCGCGCAAGCAAAGUGCAGUCCUAUUUGUAAAUGUACGAGGGACAUGGUGCACUGCUACUAUACAACACUGUUCAGAAUACCGAGAGGUUUGCCUACGUCAACCAAAAUUAUCCGUUUCCAUAACAACAGGAUGCUUCGACUGACAGCAGGUCAAUUGCAGACCUUUUCUCAUUUAAGAGAACUUUUUCUGCCGUACAAUGGCAUGACGGCUAUUGACCGCCAUGCGCUACAAGGAUUACAUUCGCUGAAGAUAUUAAACAUUUCCCAUAAUGCAAUUCAGACAAUCCAUAAUGGUCUUCUUUACGAUUUAUCAGAGCUGCGAACACUUGAUGUUAGUUAUAAUAUGAUUCAAAAUAUGCGAUCCGGUGCUUUUGAAAAGAUUCAAAAAUUACGAAUACUGAGUUUAGAAAGUAACAAACUGUCACACAUUCCGAGCGACUUGUUCAAUAUCUCAACCUUGGAAGUCCUGCGUCUUGGGAAAAACCCAUUAAAGACUCUUCAGCCAGAUAUAUUCACCCGUCUUCCCAAUCUGUUGCAUUUGAUGCUGGACGAAAUCAAUCUUACUAAAAUUCCCGAGGAGUUAUUCACGAAUUUGACUAAGUUGAAGGUACUGAGUCUCUUUGGGAAUCAGCUGGUGCGUUUACAUUUGACGAUGUUCGACGAUAUGGAAAGUCUCCUACGUUUGAUUUUAGCGGAAAAUAGCUUGGUCUGUGAUUGUCGCCUCUUAGAGUUGAGAACCUGGAUGACUGUAGCGAUGGAUAUUGAUUGGACGACACCAUCAAUCCCACAAUGCAAUCUUCAAAAAAUCGGUCAUAUAUAUCUCACGAAUUUGGUGUCAGAACACUUUGUCGAUUGCAAAUUGAAACAAUUCGUGAUGAAGCGAAGACAUAAACCACCACCGGAAGACAUUGAAAUGUCCGAACACAAGUCGAAAUAUACGCUGCCCUACGACCCAAUGAUGGGAAUUUAUACAGCAGUUUGUCUGAGUAGUAUGCUGAUAGGGUUCUUCUUAUGUUUAGCAUAUUAUAAAGUGAAAAAGAGAAUAAAAAGACGCUUUCGUGAAUGGAAGAUGGAACAAAAUAUAAAGAAGGGCCUACCGCCAGAUGGCCUGCAGUACAUGCAAACAAGCAUCAGUGAUAACAGCAUCAUCAGCGAUCGGUACCGGGGCCACAGUAGGAUCGAGACUUUGUCCGAUGGCUCCGACUCGAUCGCUGACGACUAUGAACAGGAAUAUUUUCGAAGUAGGCAAUACCACUCCAGACCUAGGAUAGUCAUACAAGAAACAGUUGUAUGAUAUAUGGUUUGGGUGUUGUCUUUUGUAUACAUUUUGUAGUGGGUUACAUUUGAUACCAUAGCAAAUUGACAUGGUUCUAUUUUACUCAAAGUAAUGGGUUAACAACACACAUCAUCAUCAUCAUCAUCUACUGAUAUUGGUUGGGUGCAUUACUGCACGUUUUUGACCAAGUUAUGGGCGUCCCCGUGAUUUCCAAAGGGGGUCAUGUCCAAAUUUGCAAGGUGUAAUAUGGUUCUUUUUGAAGAUCUAUUUAGCUAUUUUAGAGAUUAGCCGAGAGCAUUUCUCUCAGAAAAGUUGCUUCCAAAUCGAUUUCAACACAAAAAGUGUCUCACUCUGAAGAGGAAGCCAGUCAACAUAAAGCAGUCUAAAAAUAGACUUCCUGCUUUGGUAUCUGAAUCAAGAAACAAGUUACAUCUGCUGAGGACUUAAUACUUGUAGGGUUUCAAGCACU